ACCAAUAAAGAAUGCAACUGUUUUUCCCACGGCAACAAUGUGAAAUAAUAAAUCUUCUGGCACGCUCACAUCCCUGCGCACAACCUAGACUAUCUCAAUUGGUCCUUUUCUCGCGUAUUCAUUGAACUUUAUCGUUAUCCUACAGACAAUUGCCAACAGGCCAGCCUCUCCAAGAUGACGUCGAUGGACUCGGAGUCGGCGACCACCAUCCUCUGCACAUCCAAGCAGACGCGCUUCGACAUACAAUCACCCAACUAUCGCGAGCUCGACGUCGAGGGUCUGCAGAUCACUAUAGCCGCGGCCAAGCCUGCCGAUGGCAAAGCCACCAAAUCUAGGGGCAAGGCCAAAACAGAUGGACUAGAAAUCCUCACCAACGCAAAGCUACGCCUCAAAGAGGGCCAGCGAUAUGCUCUCGUGGGGCGAAAUGGCACCGGGAAAUCGACACUGCUCAAGGCCAUUGCGGAGAAGUUGAUCCCUGGCAUCCCGGAGGAAACGCGCAUCGCCAUUCUCCAGCAGACCAAAUUGACAGAUGAUGAGAAUCGCGCUCAGGAUCAGGACGCUGGCCAGACAGUUCUGCAGAGCGUGGUGGACAAGGCGACCUCAAAGUCUAAUGUCGAGCGGGAGGUUAGGGCACUGUCCACAGGCGUCGAUGCGAUAGAUCCUCAUGCCCCUAUCCGUGCGCUGCGCAAGGUCAAGCAUGAGCGUCUCCAACAGAAGCUAUUCCGCCUAGACAAGGACGCCCGCCUCAGAAGCGGCGCCCGUGGCAUGGCGGCUAGAAAGGCCCUCGUGGCGUUUGAAAAGGUCGUCGCUGAAUCUGACGGUCUCAUAGAGCAGCCUGGCGACGAGAUUUCAUCAGAGACGCUGCAAGCUGAGACACAGGAGGCGGUCGACAUGCUCGCCGAUCUCCAGCUGCAGAUCGAACCAACCCGACUGCUGGAGGUCGAGUCCAGAGCAAAGACCAUCCUCACGGGCCUCGGGUUCACGGAAGCACGCAUGGACCAGCCCAUUGCCUCGUUGUCCGGAGGUUGGCAUAUGCGCGCGUCCCUCGCCGCGUGCCUCCUCGCCGAGACAGACAUCCUCAUCCUGGACGAGCCGACCAACUUCCUCGACAUGCUGGGCAUCAUCUGGCUGCAGCGCUACAUCGAGGCCAUGGCGGACAGGCCCGACCCGCCGACCCUCAUCCUCGUGACCCACGACCGGGACUUUAACAACCUGUGCACCGACCUCCUCAUCCUCAAGGACAAGGACAUCUCCUACUUCCACGGGACACUACCGGUGUACGAGUCGUCCCAGGCCGAGAAGCGAGAACACCUCUUGAAAAUGCAGGCGGCGCAGGACAAGCAGCGCGCGCACAUGGAAAAGUCCAUCGCGGCCAACAAAUCAGCCGGCAAGGAGAACAAUGACCAGAAUAAGCUGCGCCAGGCCAAGUCCCGACAGAAGAAGCUCGACGACCGCAUGGGUCUGCAGGUGUCCGCCCGGGGCGGUCGCUUCAAGCUGAACCGCGACCACGUGGGCUACCAGCUGUCCGCGCGCGCUGAAAUCGAAAUCCCACCCGAGGCGCGCGGUGUGACCAUGCGUCUGCCGGAGCCCCAGGAGCUGCGGUUCCCGGGAAGUCUCAUCUCCCUCGAGAAGGCAGGGUAUCGCUACAAGCGUGGGGCGCCCCUGACGAUCCAGGACAUCACGCUGGCGAUUGGCAUGGGCGACAGGAUCGGGAUCCUCGGGCUCAACGGCGCCGGUAAGUCGACGCUGAUCAAGCUAUUGGUGGACGAAGCGAAACCGACCGUUGGGUCUGUGACGACACAUCCGAGGCUGAAAAUGGGCUAUUACAGUCAACACGCCGUGGAGGAUCUCCAGGCCCUCGGCCGUGCGGACCCGACGCUCACUGCGUUAUCGUUACUCACAAAAGAGAUUGAUGGUGCGCUGGACGAGGGUUCGACCAGGGCGUUGCUGGGCGAGCUUGGUCUGGGGGGACGCAUUGCAUCGGACGUGCCCUUGACGAAGCUCAGUGGUGGACAGCUCGUUCGGUGUGAGCUGGCACGAUUAUUCUGGAAGAGGCCUCACGUGCUGGUACUGGACGAGGUCACGACACAUCUCGACUAUGAGACGGUCACGGCCCUGCGGGAGGCGAUCCACGAGUGGGAGGGGGCCGUCGUUCUCGUCAGCCACGACCGAUGGUUCAUGCGCGGUGCCAUUGAGGGCACCAUGGACGAUGAAGGUGAGGGCAUGGAGGACAGCGAUGACGACGACGAUGAGGAACUGGCCAGGCGGAGAGCCGUAUACCGACUCAAGGGGGGUAAAAUGAGCCUGUUGGAGAACGGAGUCGAUGAGUUUGAGAGCAUCGUGGAGAAGCGGGUGAGCAAGCUCCUCGCCGACUAGUCUAGUCUAUCGCACCCCCUUGUUCACCAAGAUACGCAACGGGCUCUCGUCCAGUUUCUUGACCGUCAUUGUGCCUCCUGUUGGUACGUCGACAAUCGUCCCGUCGAUGCAGACCUUGCGCCACCGCUGAUCCGUCUCCUUGACCGUGAUUCUGAUUUCGUCUAUAUCCUGGUAGUAGAUCCUCUCACCAUCGUCCCACUUGACGUCCACAUGCUUGCCGCCGUCGUAGGCUUUCAUCAUGGCGUCCAAAGCUCUCUCGCCACCGAUAUCCCCGAAAUGCAGGGUCCGGAGCUGCCCAUCCAGAGGUUUGCUGGCUGGCGAGAUGGUAAACGUCCUCUCCAGGUUUGAUAGCAACGUCGUGAGGAGAUAGCCGUGCUUCUCCC